UCUCAUUGUUCAAUAAUUAUUUUCUUGUUAAUUUCAACAAUCUGCUCGUUAAACGUAACGAUAUUGUUGUAGCUUCAAAUUCUUCUGUUGUUGACCGUUUGGAUCCUGAAGGAAAAGCUUUUUUUGAUCAAGCAUGCAAAAAAGGCAAAGUGCCAGGCAACAAGGUGUUAAUUGACAUCAUGGGGGAGGAAGAUGCGGGCAAGUCAUGCCUUGAAGCUUCAAUGACAGACAAACCAUUUGUUGAAGGUCAGGAGAGCACAGAGGGAGUAAAGGUGAAGAUGAUGAUCUCACAAGCAGUUGGACACGGCACCGACUGGAAGGAAUUGAAAAGUGAAGAGGAAAGACAAGCGCAUCUCAGCAAGCUGUUUGCAAGAGAAUUUGUUGUUCAUAUAACAAAGCCAGGCGAGCAAGAGCAGAGCCCACAAGCUAGUUCUACAGAAUCUGAUUUGAAGGCAAAUGUGAAUGCGAAAGCUAGCGGUUUGAAGUCAAUGUAUGCUGAAUCCGAGAGUCAUCUACUAGGACACGAGGAUUUCAAACUUGCUAAAGAAAUGGAUCGAGAUGUAAGUGCGGCCAUUGAUCUCAUGGAGAAGAAUAAGGAGGAGAUGCGCAAAUGUGAAGAAAUGCUCAGUGUGACGAUAAUGGACAGAGGAGGUCAAGAUCAAUUCCUCUCCACACACGCUGCACUUAUGGCUGAUAACGAGUUUCAAUCUACAGCUUGUUUUGUUGUUAUCGAUGGUUCCAAGCCACUGGAUGAGAAGGUGACCACAUCCAAGUUUCGUCGUGCAGAUGGAACUUUUAUUGAGAAACCACGAGAUGUUGUUACCACAAGAGCCGACGUCAUACGCCACUGCUUUACUGUCCUCUCUGCUGCCUUUCCUGCUGGCAGAAGACGCAAUAGAUUUUUUGGCAAGGGGCGUGUCAAAAGGGCACCAGCAACAUUCAUGUUUGCUUCUAGAAAGGAUGAAGCAAAAAGUAAAAGUUUCAUGGCCAGACAAGAGCAAAUACUGCAAGAAAUCAUCGCUGAAGAGAAGUUUGGUGAUCACAUUGUGCCCUUUAGUAAAGAUCCUUAUCAGGUGUUGUUCCAUGUUGACAACAAAAUGUCAGGAACAAGCAAUCCUGAUUCAACGAUUGUCCUCAUCAAGAAAAUGAUCGUUGAAAUGGCUCAUGCAUACUGGAAUGAAGAAAAGAAGAUUCCAUUACCAUGGGCCAUGCUGGAUAAGGGUCUAGGUUUGUUGAGAAUGAGAAAGCACAAAGUUCUUGAUCUGUACGACGUCUGCCAAUUAGCUGCCAGGGUGUGUGAUAUCUCAUCAGAUGAGGAAUGCAGGCAAGCACUGCGAUAUCUUUGCAGCCAUGGAAGCAUUGGAUUCUAUCACAAUGUUGUCGGGCUCAAUAAGAAGGUGCUUCCCAACAUUCAGUGGGUUGCUGAUGUGUUGGCCAUCUUUGUCACAGUUCUGGAUCGCUCAAGAAUUCCUCUUGAGUUGUGGAAUGAUCUCAAGAAGCUUCAUCAAGAAGGAAUCAUGUCAUGGAGUCUUGCCAGAUAUCUGAUGGAGAAGGCAGGAGUAGAAGAAGCAAACUAUGCUGUGAUCCUUACUCUUCUGCAGCUGUUUAAUAUCAUUUCAGGGGCGUACUUGGCUGCUCGUUCAAUUGCUCCAGAUGUCAAAGUUCAACAAGGUCAGGACUUUUUUGUUCCCUCAAUGGUCAUCAAAGAAGUCGUCAAGACGCCUUUUGCCUACCAAUCAGCAUUCUGCUCUUCUACAUCUCCUCCAUCAUUGUUCUUUAUUCCCAGAGGUUUCAAUGCUUUUAUCAAGCCUUUAUUUUACCGUCUUGUGGCCAGCAUGGUCAGCAAGUACAGAGACGGCCCACAGCUCAGUAGAAACCAGGUGAUACUUCAUCUUCACAAGGAUGUGGAUCUGGAAUUGGUCUACACUGUAAAGGCUGUCAUUGUUACCGUCUACUGUCCAUCGAGAUUGAGUCACAGGAAACUACCUGCAGAUGAAGUGCUCCGUCCACUGUGUGAUGGUGUGCGAGUGACUCUAAUAGAACAACUCACACAAGCGAAGGCACGAGGAAUGGUUGGCUUUCAGUUUGAGGUCUGCAUUCAUGCUGCAGUUGAUGAAGCUCCACUGGAAUAUGAUCCAAACCAACUGGCUUCAUUGGAUGAAUAUCCAGUAAAUGAUAUUCUGCUGGACAAAGAGCGUGAAAGCAUUGAUCCUCCUGCUAAACUUGAUUUGUGGUUUGAUAAUACGUUUACUAGUCAUACUGUUGAAGUUGUUGCUGACAGUGCUUAUGACCCAGAUGUGAUUCUGUCUGCUGUAUUACAGCAGGGUCAUGAUCGUUGGCUCUCUGUUGGUUUGAAGUUGGGAUUUACAAUGUGCAAAGUCAAUGAGAAUACAAAUACUUUCUCUCGUGGUGCUGACAAGUUGAAGGCCUUAUUUGAAGCGAAAGCACAAGAAGUAGGACCAGAUGAAGCAGCCAAACAACUUCUAGCAGCAUGUCAUUGUAUUCCGCAGCCAAUUAUUACAGCAGUAAAGGAUCAACUGGCAGUUUCAGGUGUUACAGUAGCAAGUCAUCCUCAAUCUGUUUCUGCAGAAAUACAGCAGAGGGCUGACUGCAAAUUGAGUGGAAGGCGUCUGGUUGAUGUAGCACAUGAAAUUUCUAGUUAUUGGGUGGAAUUUGCAGCAUUUCUUGCUCCAAACAAGUUUAAAUCAUCAACAGUCAGUGUAAUACAACAGCAAAACAGAUUAUUGUUUUCGCAAGCUCAUCGAAUGCUGGAUGAUUGGACCGAUGAUCUGGACAGAGGAGCUUCAUGUCGUUUAAUUAUUGAAACAUUCCUGAGAAUGGACAAGAAAGCUCAAGCGAUUUUGUUAUUUGAUGCAGACUUGAUAGAGUACGUUAGAACGGUCAUUCAGUAGACAACGUGUGCCUGCAAGACAUCAGAGUGUUUUUGGAUUUGACGCUUGUAGCUACAGAAGUUUGUACAGUAUAGUUACUGCAUGGAUGCACGUCUUGAAUAAAGAUAUCAAACUCGUAAUUUAGUUGUGAUGACAGUAACUCAAAUGUGAUCAUGACGGAGCAUCAAGAAAGACAGAGUUACUUAUAAAUUUUACGUGAAUAUUUCACUUACAGAGCAGUGGAGUAAACACAGCUAACCUUCUGUAGUUCAACAAAAUUGCGUUUGA